CACAUGUUUGAACGGGAUUUAGGUUUUGCUGAGAUUUUGACGAUAAGUUUGCCAUUUUCCAAGAGACUCUAUGACGCGCGCCGCUGCCCGAAGAUUUCCGGUGUGACGAACCCUCGUUCGCUCGGCAGGCCGACCCGAACUCCACAGCACCAGCAAAUUGUUGGAGGUUGUAGCCGAGUAACAUCCGUGCAAGACCGUGGAGGGAGGAUGCCAUGCAGGCAAAGACUUUGGAUAAUAAGCUUAGUAAAAUUGCACAAGAUCGGGUCAUACAUUCUACAGGUGGAUGAAUUUGCUCACCAGACCACUGCAGCAUGCCAUUUUCAAGAAACUAUAUGAUAAACUGGUUCAAAAGAACGAAGUGGCCGAAUGGAAGGCUGUUGCUGAUACACAUGUACACUUUAUGGAAUUCAAGCUGGACGGUGUACCCAUUAAACCUCUCUAUGGUCCUCCUUGCCCAACAAUCCCAAUCCCACCAGUAGGUAACAUUCCUAUUAUUACACUAUUAUUAUAUUUACUUUGGGUGUGACUAUGCUGUGAGUCUUUUAUUUUCAAAUAUAUA